AUGGUCACAAAGGCGCCUUCCUGCCACUUCUGCUUUUCAGCUGUCUUGACUGCUUUCGCGCCAUGGCUGCUGUCGAUCCUCGGAGACCUGAUGCGAGAAUCGGAAAAGCAUCAUGGUACGGGUCUGAGCUACAGAGCGAAGGCUGACGACCUCGAUCAAGUCAGAAGCUCCUCUCUUGGAGAUACUACAGCGAUUUCCACCGGCUGGCGACUCACCUUCCCAAGUGACGUGUCCCGCAUGGUCGCCUGCCAGUGCGCUCCCUUCGUGACGUCAGCGGACCGCCCGGCGAAGCACGGCUGGGCGCACGAUCAAAGUGUCAAUAACGCCGGCGUCGCCAAGGGCCGCAUCCUCAGCCGGAACGAGGCCGGGACGUCGACACCAGACCCCGACGCCGAGGCGUGCAUGAGGUAG